GAUAUCGCAUAGGCAAGAAAAGACUUUCCAAGCGCCCAAGGCGGCCCAAAUUCAAGAAUGGCCGGGGCCUGAAUCAAUAAUGCAACCACCGAACGAGUCCACCGCGGUUGAGGCAGCUCGAGGGCUUGCUGAGUAUUUCGGCCCUAAUAAGCUCAAGGGGAAAAAAGUUCUCCUCACAGUCGGCGGUUAA